GUUCCUGGUUGCAGGAGCGAGGCCAGGGCGAGGUUGGCGUCGCAGACUUCGGAAUAGAGCAGCCUAGAAGAUGAACUCUUCGGAAGAAAAGAGACUUUCCGAGGAAAACAAACCCACACCCUUCCAUUACCUGCGUGGCCGGGCCCGGCAGCCUCGCCGGAAGUGCUGCAGCCAGAAUUACAGCCCUAACACACCCUCUGUCCCCGGGGCAGGAUUCAGAAAUGGAAAUCUGUAUUUUCCAUGGUCACUGGUACCCAGGAAGUAUUUGGACUUCCUCCCACCACAGUCCCCUUUGCCCACUACACCUAACCAAAGACCUAAUUUCUGGUACUACAGUGGCCAUGGGGAAAAAAUGAGCACGAAAGGGCCUCAGACUAAACUUCAGCAGUUGUGGCACAAUAAGAUUUCACAGAGUUCCUGUGAAAGUAGGAGUGUGAUAUGUAACCCUCAUGGGGGUGAAGACCCUUCCCUGGAGAAAAUGUGUGAAGAAGAAGGAGAGAUGGACAGCUGCCCUCAGGGGCACAUGCCCGCUGCUGCCCCAUUGGCCCACUCUAACAAAGUCGAUGUAGCCAUUCAGUGUGACAUGAGCUGGCUGGAGAAUGUAGAGCUGGAGAGAUCCCCUGCGUCAUCACCAGGAGGGAGAAAGGGAACAGCGGAAGAGUCAGUGCUGUGUGACAUCCUGGGUAGAAAGGAGGUAGGAGAGCAGGACAGCAGGCCCUCCACUGCCCAGUUGACCCAGUCUAACAAAAUCAAUGAAGCCAUCCAUUGUGAAAUAGGUUGGGUGGAAGAUGCAGAGCUGGAGAACUCCCCUGAGCAAAUGCCCUUGGUAGGUGAAGAGUCACCGAACUGCACAACAACGGGACCGAGGAAGAUGCCCAGGAGCAGGAAAGUACAUGAGGCCAGGACUGCAUUCUUAAAAGGAAAGAAUGACACUGCUACCUUGACCAAAGAAAUUACUUCUUUGAACAUUUCAGAUGAGUGUGAGUUGGAAGAUGAAGCGUGUGAGAUAGGAUGGGUCUUUGUAGAAGAAGUUAGUGGUCCCAGUUCUAAAGAAAGGUUUGAUCAGGAAGAAUCCUGGGGAAGCUAUUUGUAUUCUCUACUUGUCUGGCCCUGGAGUAGUAAUAUCAACGAGAAGAAUGCUGAGUGUGAGGGCACCUCUAUGACCCCGUCAUCCUUACCGAAAAAGAGGACUGUGAAAUAUAUGACAACAAGUCUCUAACAGAACAUAGCAUCACCCAGGAGGCAUUGGGCUCCAUGACAUUGUCUCAGGAG